AUGUCGAGCUCCAAGGCUGCGGUGAAGGCCAUUGGCGACUCUGUCAAACAGCAAAAAUGGGACGACGCCAUUCAGAAGGCGACUGAGUUCCUCGAGCGCGACCCCAAGCACUACCAAGCAAACAUCUUGCUGGCCUUCGCUCUUGACAAGAAAAACCGCGUCGAUGAGGCUGAGAAGGCGUACAAGACUGCCGCUGCGCAGAAGCCCAAAGAGCCCGCGGCGUGGCAGGGUCUCAUCAAGCUCUACGAGAAACAGGACCGCAAGCGCAUAGAGGCCUACCACCAGGCUGCGGUGAGCUUGGCAGAAAUCUACCGUGAUGCCGAGGACAUGUACAAGUGCCAGGAUGUCAUCGACAAGUUUGUCGACUUUGCCAGAUCACAGGGUGACACUGCCCAGUACAUCGACGCCUUGAGCGUCAUCCUCCCAGGAAGCCCCAUCUACCCUGCACUUGAGGGCCGAGUGCCGCACCCCGCCAAGACCUACGAGACCAUGGCGCAGAUCAUUGAGACCGACGAGAAGAAGCGCAUCAACACGCUCAUCGGCGAGCGCAGGACGAGGAUAGGAGCGCGCUUGAACGAGGUCACGCUCGAGGUGAAGCGUGAGGUCAUUGCUCAGAGCAAGCUCGAGUACAUUUACCAACAGCUCAUCAACUGGACAAACGAUGACGAGCUCCGGCGGAGGUAUGAGGAGAAGCUCCUCCAGUGGUGUUACGACCGCCUGCUGGUUGCGCCGCUUGGCCCCGAAAAGGGCUUCGCUCUUCAAGCCGUUCUGAAGCUGGCCCUGGACAUGGUCAUUAUCAAGCACCCUUACAGACUCGCAUGGGAGAUUGCCAUCAACUGGAAGGACGCCAAGGAGAUCAAGGAGUGGGACGUCAAUAUGCUGAGGGACUAUUGCACAUUCUUCCCUGAGACCGACCUGUACAAGGUCAUCACUGGCUUUUUGACCAGCAGCAUCUCUCCAUUCCCCAAACCGACGCCCGCCGCACUCGAGGCAGAGGAGACCGAGAGUGAAGACGACGAGGGUGGCGGUGUGUCCAUGGUGCCGCUGACAGAACAGGAUAGAAUCCUGAUGAUGACGGACGGUAUCACGACGUCAGACUCGUUGUUCGCUCAUCGUUUGAUGGGAGAGUACUACCAGCAUCUAGAGGAAUACGAGAGCACUGUUGAACAGAUGAGAAAGUCCAUGGAUCUUCUGAAGUCGGAGAGGACAAAGACCGGUAUGACAUUCCAGAACACGAGCGAUUCUUUCUCGCUAUACCUGGGCACAGCUCUGGUAUUCUAUCAGUCUCCCAGAAACCACGGCGAAGCAAAGAGACUGUUCGAAGAGGUUCUCACACACGAUCCAUCAUCUACCCCGGCGCUGAUUGGUGUCGGUCUCAUUUACGAGGAAGAGGAGGACUUUGAUGAUGCCAUCGAUUUCUUUGGGCGCGCGCUGAAGAGAGAUCCUAGCAACCUCCGUGUCAAGACUGAAUCUGCCUGGGUACAGGCGCUCAAGGGUGACUACGAGAAGGCCAAGGUGGAACUGGAGGCCUCCCUCCCAUUGAUCGAGGAGAUGACGCCUCCGUCAAAGGAUCUUCUUGCACAGACACAGUACCGCCUGGGGUCCUGUCUGUGGAACCUAGAUUCUUCAAAGGCCGCUCGCAAGAGUCGCACAGGUGCUUACGCAUACUUCCUGGAUUCUCUCAAAAACAACCUCAACUUCGCACCAUCGUACACAAGUCUCGGCAUCUACUAUGCCGACUACGCCAAAGACAAGAAGAGGGCUAGACGGUGCUUCCAAAAGGCUGUCGAGCUCUCAUCUUCAGAAGUCGAGGCAGCUAAGCGCCUGGCUCAAUCAUUCGCUGACGAAGGUGAUUGGGACAGAGUCGAGUUGGUCGCUCAGCGGGUGGUCGACUCUGGCAAGGUGAAGCCACCGCCAGGCUCGAAGAGGAAAGGCAUCAGCUGGCCGUUUGCAGCACUUGGUGUUGCAGAGCUGAACAAGCAGGAUUUCCACAAAUCAAUCGUGUCGUUCCAGUCAGCCCUGAGGAUAUCGCCGGAGGACUACCACUCAUGGGUGGGCUUAGGAGAAAGUUACUACUCAUCAGGUCGCUACAUCGCCGCGACCAAGGCUAUUCUUAAUGCGCAGAGGCUGGAAGAAACUGCUUCCAAGGAAGUUCUUGGCGAUACUUGGUUCACCAAGUACAUGCUUGCUAACGUCAAGCGUGAGCUGGCCGAGUUUGACGAAGCCAUUGCACUCUACCAGGAGGUCAACGAUGGCCGGCCGAAUGAAGAUGGCGUCGCCAUCGCACUUAUGCAGACCAUGGUUGACAACGCGCUUGAUUGUGUUGAGAAGGGCCUCUUUGGCAAGUCAAUUCAACUUGCUAAGGACACCAUUGCUUUUGCUUCCGAGGCAGAUGCGACCGUCGUCGAGACAUUCAACUUUUGGAAGUCGCUUGCAGACGCGUGCUCCGUCUUUUCUGCGGUGCAAAGUAAGGCUAUUGAGUUCCCUGCCGAGUCCAUCAUGACGCUCAUCGACAGCGGCGACAAGAAGGCCUAUGAAAUAUUUGCCGAUGUAGACAAUGUUGGCACCGGUGUCAUUUCUGCCAAGGGUCUAUUCUCUGAAGAUGAGAGACUAGGCGUCGACCUGACCAGAUGCAUCCACGCUACGAUCCUCUGCCACAAGCGAGCAAUCCAUGUCUCGGCCAACGAUUUGCACGCGCAGGCCGUCGCGUACUACAACCUGGGCUGGGCGGAGCACCGAGCUCACAUCUGUCUCCCAUCAAGCAUUCGGAAGAAGUCUAGUGUGUAUCUCAAGACCGCUAUGAAAUGCUUCAAGCGGGCCAUCGAGCUCGAGGCAGGAAAUUCCGACUUUUGGAACUCGCUGGGUGUCGUAACGAGCGAAAUCAGCCCGGCGGUGUCCCAGCAUUCCUUCGUCAGAAGUCUGCACCUCAACGAGCGAAGCCCUGCGGCGUGGACGAACCUGGGCACAUUGGCCCUGCUGCAGAACGACAUGCAACUUGCCAACGAGGCCUUCAACCGCGCGCAGUCGACAGAUCCCGAUUACGCGCAUGCUUGGCUCGGUCAGGGCUUCGUCGCGCUGCUCUACGGGAAGACAAAAGAGGCGAGGGGUCUGUUUACACAUGCCAUGGAAAUCGCGGAGUCGUCGUCUGUCCUUACGAGGCGCCAGUUCUCCGUCUCCGUGUUUGACUACAUCCUGACCGCGACGUCCGCCAACAUCUCGUCGCUCAUCCAGCCCAUCUUCGCGCUCGGCCAACUGAACAACUUGAAGCCGCAGGACUUGGCAUACGGACAUUUGUCGACUAUGUUCUUAGAGCGGACGCACGACAACGUCAAGGCCGUCGAGAUUCUUGAGAAGAUCUGCGGCAUCCUGGAGGCGGACUUCGAGGUUACGGAGUCGCCUCAAGCUCUCGCACAAUUCGCUCUCGCCAAGACGGACCUGGCCAGAUCGUACUUGGCUUCCGGCUCGUACGAGCAAGCCGUUGAGUGCGGUGAAAUGGCGCUCCAGCUAAGCAGCGACGAGUCUGACAACGAGCUGACACAGGAGGAGCGCAAGAAGGCACGUCUCUCGGCUCACCUGACCGUCGGCCUGGCGCAAUACUACAGCAAAGACAUCGACGAGGCGCUUCUCUGCUUCGAGUCGGCUCUGGAGGAAUCCGAUGGCAAUGCCGAUGCCGUCUGCCUCCUUGCUCAGGUGCUCUGGGCUAACGGCUCGGAAGAGUCCCGCGAGAAGGCUCGCAACUCCCUUUUCGAAGUGAUUGAGAAACAGCCCGAUCAUGUCCAAGCCGUUCUUCUCCUCGGCGUCAUUGCUGUCCUCGACAACGACGAAGAGUCCGUCGAGGCCGUCGUCGCCGAGCUCGAGGGCCUCCGCACGAGCGAUAAGAUUGCAGACACGGAGCAGUCCCAGAUCGGCGAGGUGCUCGGCGCCGUGGCGAAGCUCGGCGAGAACAGCACCGACGAGGAUGUAUUGACCCAGAUCCAGACGGACAUCAUGCUGUACCCACAUCUGCCGCACGGGUGGUCGAACCUGGCGGAAUUUGGCGGCGAGGAGUACCCGGCCGAGAUGGCGUUGACGGUGGCCAAGAAGGGCGUUCCGCCUCGGGGAACGCUCGAGGCGGAGGACCUGGCCAAGGCAUACGCCGGCACGGGUGUUGCUGCGCAUGCCCAGACGGCCAUUUUCUUGGCGCCGUGGACGGUGGCCGGCUGGAACUCUUUGCGUGAGGCGGUUUCCGGGAACUAG